CCCUUUCAGUUCAAAGUUGACGCGGUUAAGGCGUCUUUGACAUUCAGAUGUCUGGUCAAAGUGAUCUUGAUCGUCAAAUCGAACAAUUAAGGGCAUGUAAACUUAUUACGGAAGACGAAGUUAAGGCGCUGUGUGCAAAAGCAAGAGAGAUCCUUAUUGAAGAAAGCAAUGUGCAAUGUGUAGAUUCUCCAGUAACAGUAUGUGGUGAUAUUCAUGGACAGUUCUACGAUUUAAUCGAAUUGUUCAAGGUUGGCGGAGAUGUACCGGACACUAACUAUCUCUUCCUCGGUGAUUUUGUUGACCGCGGAUAUCACAGCGUCGAAACAUUCCUUCUUCUCCUCGCGCUGAAGGUCAGGUAUCCAGACAGAAUCACACUCAUACGAGGCAACCAUGAAAGUCGGCAGAUAACAAUGGUUUACGGAUUUUACGAAGAAUGCUUGAGAAAGUACGGCUCAGCGAUGGUCUGGCGACAAUGCACUGAGAUAUUUGAUUAUCUAUGCCUUUCUGCCAUUAUCGACGGAAGGAUAUUUUGUGUUCAUGGAGGCCUAUCACCUACAAUUACAACAUUGGAUCAAAUCCGUACCAUUGAUCGUAAACAGGAAGUCCCACAUGAUGGUCCAAUGUGCGAUCUUUUAUGGUCAGAUCCAGAAGAGACUGCUGGUUGGGGAGUGAGCCCUAGAGGUGCCGGCUAUUUAUUUGGUUCUGACGUUGUAGCUAAUUUUAACCAAUUGAAUCGGAUCGAUUUCAUUUGUCGUGCACAUCAAUUAGUUAUGGAAGGUUAUCGUUGGCAUUUUCAUGAAAGUGUUCUUACUGUAUGGUCUGCUCCAAAUUAUUGUUAUCGUUGUGGUAAUGUUGCCGCUAUUUUACGUUUAAAUGAAAGAUUAGACAAGGAAUUUUCCAUAUUUGAAGCCGCACCACAGGAUGUUCGGAGUAUACCAGCUCGUCGACCAAUACCAGACUAUUUCCUUUGAAGCAUAUGAAACAAAGUCAUUUUGUUCUCAAUGAUGAUGAUGAUAAUUACUGUUAUUAUUUCCCUUGUUUAUAAGCCCUUCUCACCCCCCUUUUGUCAAUUUUUGUAAUUUUACUUCUAUUUAUCAGUGUGUUUUAUAAAAUGUAUUUCUUCCCCCCUCCUUCUCAAUACUCAACUAUUCCAAGAUUCAUUCAUGCAUUGUUUACAACUUUUUUGUUUUGUUUUGUUUUUUUGAUACCCACAGUCAAACAAAUUGCAUUCUACUAAGUUUUUUUUAAUUAUUAAAUGUGAAGGGAGUUUCUAUUUGUGUAUAACAAUAUCCAUUUGGAAAAAGAGAAAGUUUUCUUUAAAGAAAAUAACGUAUAUAUAUAUAUAUUAUUGUUCAUUAGAUGUAAAUUAUACUGAAUAUGCAAAGUAUAAAUAAAAGAAAAGAAAAAAAGUUAAUGUCUCAGGGAAUCAUC